CAUUUGCCCGCAGCGCCGCGGCGCGCGAGGCUACCCCGACCCCGACGUGGUCUCCUCCCACCCAUACACCCUUCCGCUUCCACGCCCACACACAGAACCCAAUUCCCCUCCCUCCUCCUCCACCCGCCCCUCCCUCCCACACACACCACACCACCACCACCACCACCCACCCCUCGUAUGCAAUUAUUCACGCCCAGUCGCCGCCUCCACCGCCGCCGCCUGCUCGACUCACCACCGCAGGGCGGCCUCCUCCUGCCGCAUGGGUGACUCGACGGUGGCCGGCGCGCUGGUGCCAUCGGUGCCGAAGCAGGAGCAGGCGCCGUCGGGGGACGCGUCCACGGCGGCGUUGGCGGUGGCGGGGGAGGGGGAGGAGGAUGCGGGGGCGCGCGCCUCCGCGGGGGGCAACGGGGAGGCCGCGGCCGACAGGGACCUCCUCUGCCCGAUCUGCAUGGCGGUCAUCAAGGACGCCUUCCUCACCGCCUGCGGCCACAGCUUCUGCUACAUGUGCAUCGUCACGCAUCUCAGCCACAAGAGCGACUGCCCCUGCUGCGGCAACUACCUCACCAAGGCGCAGCUCUACCCCAACUUCCUCCUCGACAAGGUCUUGAAGAAAAUGUCAGCUCGCCAAAUUGCGAAGACAGCAUCACCGAUAGACCAAUUUCGAUAUGCACUGCAACAGGGAAACGAUAUGGCGGUUAAAGAACUAGAUAGUCUUAUGACUUUGAUCGCGGAGAAGAAGCGGCAUAUGGAACAGCAAGAGUCAGAAACAAAUAUGCAAAUAUUGCUGGUCUUCUUGCAUUGCCUCAGAAAGCAAAAGUUGGAAGAGCUGAAUGAGAUUCAAACUGACCUACAGUACAUCAAAGAAGAUAUAAGUGCUGUGGAGAGACAUAGGUUAGAAUUAUAUCGAACAAAAGAAAGGUACUCAAUGAAGCUCCGCAUGCUUUUGGAUGAACCUGCUGCAUCAAAGAUGUGGCCCUCACCUAUGGAUAAACCUAGUGGUCUCUUUCCUCCCAACUCUCGGGGACCACUUAGUACAUCAAAUCCAGGGGGUUUACAGAAUAAGAAGCUUGACUUGAAAGGUCAAAUUAGUCAUCAAGGAUUUCAAAGGAGAGAUGUUCUCACUUGCUCGGAUCCUCCUAGUGCCCCUAUUCAAUCAGGCAACGUUAUUGCUCGGAAGAGGCGAGUUCAAGCUCAGUUUAACGAGCUUCAAGAAUACUAUCUUCAAAGACGGCGUACCGGAGCACAAUCACGUAGGCUGGAGGAAAGAGACAUAGUAACAAUAAAUAAAGAAGGUUAUCAUGCAGGACUUGAGGAUUUCCAGUCUGUGCUAACAACAUUCACACGAUAUAGUCGCUUGCGUGUAAUUGCGGAGCUAAGACAUGGAGAUCUGUUUCACUCUGCAAAUAUCGUAUCAAGUAUCGAAUUUGACCGUGAUGAUGAGCUAUUUGCUACUGCUGGAGUCUCAAAGCGCAUCAAAGUCUUCGAGUUUUCUACAGUUGUUAAUGAACCAUCAGAUGUGCAUUGUCCAGUUGUUGAAAUGGCUACUAGAUCUAAACUCAGCUGCCUUAGCUGGAACAAGUACUCAAAAAAUGUUAUAGCAAGCAGCGACUAUGAGGGUAUAGUAACUGUUUGGGAUGUCCAAACCCGCCAGAGUGUGAUGGAGUAUGAAGAACAUGAAAAGAGAGCAUGGAGUGUUGAUUUUUCUCGAACAGAACCCUCGAUGCUAGUAUCUGGGAGUGAUGAUUGCAAGGUCAAAGUGUGGUGCACAAAGCAAGAAGCAAGUGCCAUCAAUAUUGAUAUGAAGGCCAAUAUUUGCUCUGUCAAAUAUAAUCCUGGGUCGAGCCACUAUGUUGCAGUGGGUUCUGCUGAUCACCAUAUUCAUUAUUUUGAUUUGCGAAAUCCAAGUGCGCCUGUCCAUGUUUUUGGUGGGCACAAGAAAGCUGUUUCUUAUGUGAAGUUCCUGUCCACCAAUGAGCUUGCGUCUGCAUCAACUGAUAGCACAUUACGGUUAUGGGAUGUCAAAGAAAAUUGCCCUGUAAGGACAUUCAGAGGGCACAAGAAUGAAAAGAACUUUGUUGGGCUGUCUGUAAAUAACGAGUACAUUGCCUGCGGGAGUGAAACGAAUGAGGUUUUUGUUUACCACAAGGCUAUCUCAAAACCUGCUGCCAACCACAGAUUUGUAUCAUCUGAUCUCGAUGAUGCAGAUGAUGAUCCUGGCUCUUAUUUUAUUAGCGCAGUCUGCUGGAAGAGCGAUAGCCCUACCAUGUUAACUGCUAACAGUCAGGGCACCAUUAAAGUUCUUGUACUUGCUCCUUGAUGAAAUCAGUGGUUUUCAUGAGAUCCCUAGAUAGCUUGUAUAUUUGAUGUAUACAGUUGUUUCCUUUUCGUGCCAUUAUACCCCAAAUGGGAGUGGAGGUAUUACUGAUCUCCAACAUAGGGCGCAAAGUUUUGAAGGUAAUCAGCUGACAUAGGGUUUCGAGGGCUCGAAAUGUGCAUAGUCCAGAAUUCUCAUGUAUAGGUUUAAAGCAGUCAAGUAAUUGAUUAUACAUAUGUAACGUGAGAAUUGAGAAAUGAACAUCAAAUAAGCUUGUUUGGUUGCAUAUAUUGGAUUGGAUUUUGGGAACUGGGAAGACAAGCUGUACUGGGCUGAUUUCAGCAACA